AUGCUCAGAACCUCUCUUAGAUCGUUGGCCAAACCAGCCUCCAGAGUUAGUCUAAGAUACUACUCUUCUUACCCACUUUCCACCACCGUGACGCUGCCUAACGGAAAGUCCUAUGAGCAGCCUACCGGUUUGUUUAUCAACAACGAGUUUGUUCCUUCCAAGCAGCACAAAACGUUUGAGGUGAUCAACCCCGCCACCGAGGAGGAGAUCUGCCAUGUUUACGAGGCCAGAAAGGAGGAUGUCGAUGAUGCUGUCGACGCCGCAGAAAAGGCCUUCAAGGGCUCCUGGAGCACUGCCGACCCUGCUAUUCGUGGCAAGGCCCUGUGGAACCUGGCCGAGCUGCUGGAGGCCCACAAGGAUACCCUGGCCGCAAUUGAGUCCCUCGACAACGGUAAGGCUCUGCAGUUGGCCCACGGUGAUGUGGCGCUCGUGAUCAACUACAUCAGAUCCUGCGCUGGCUGGGCCGACAAGCUGACCGGUCAGUACAUCGACACUGGCGACACCCACCACACUUACACCAAGAGAGAGCCUAUUGGAGUGUGUGGUCAGAUCAUCCCAUGGAACUUCCCUCUUUUGAUGUGGUCCUGGAAGGUUGGACCUGCUCUGGCUGCCGGUAACACUGUUGUGCUGAAGACCGCCGAGAGCACGCCAUUGUCCGCCCUGUACGCCUCGCAACUUGUCAAGGAGGCCGGAAUCCCAGCCGGAGUGGUCAACAUUGUGUCUGGAUUCGGUAAGAUCACCGGAGACGCCAUUGCCAGCCACCCUAAGAUCAAGAAGCUUGCAUUCACCGGCUCCACCGCGACCGGAAGACAUAUCAUGAAGGUUGCUGCCGACUCCAACCUCAAGAAGGUGACCCUGGAGCUUGGAGGAAAGUCUGCCAACAUUGUGUUUGACGACGCCGACGUCAAGACCGCCAUCAGCGCUCUCGUUGCCGGUAUUUUCUACAACUCCGGAGAGGUUUGCUCUGCCGGUUCCAGAGUGUUUGUCCAGGAGGGUAUUUACGAGGAGAUCCUCAAGGAGUUCAAGGCUGCUGCCGAGACGCUCAAGGUGGGUGACCCAUUCGAUCUGUCCACCUUCCAAGGUGCCCAAACUUCCCAGAUGCAAUUGAACAAGAUUCUCGGCUACGUCGACAUUGCUCACCAGGAGGGAGGUAGACUCAUCACCGGAGGUGAGAGAUUGGGCAACAAGGGAUUCUUCGUCAAGCCAACGAUCUUUGCCGACGUGACCCCAGACAUGAGAGCAUACAAGGAGGAGAUCUUUGGACCAUUUGCCGUGAUCACGCCAUUCAAGACGGCCGACGAGGUGAUCGAGCUGGCUAACGACUCCGAGUACGGACUUGCUGCUGGUGUGCACACCAAGUCGAUCGACACCGCCACCUACGUCUCCAACAAGCUUGAGGCCGGUUCUGUCUGGAUCAACACCUACAACGACUUCCACCAGAUGGUGCCAUUCGGAGGCUACAAGCAGUCCGGUAUUGGCCGUGAAAUGGGUGCCCAGGCUCUCGACAACUACACCCAGUGGAAGGCUGUGAGAAUUGGUCUCCAGAAGCCAACCUAA